AUGAAAAAUAACAAUUAAAAACAUAUUUCAUAAUGGAAUAUGUUAGAAUGCGAUCUUAUUAAUUAAGAGUUCGAAGAACAACAUCAAAUCAUUGUACCAUAAUUUCCAAAAUUCAAAAAGCCAACCUAUAAUUAAAUACAAAUAACUACUAAUAUCUAAUACAGAAUUAACGUUUGUUCCCCUGCUAAAUUAGAUGAUACUGUUUCAAUAAGUACAAAGAAGUCAACUACAAAUGUAUAGUAUUUGAUAUAAUCAAGUAGAGUUAAGCUGGCAGCUGCAAUUAUAUAGUUAACCAUUACAUUUAAUAAAUUAAAGAUCAUUUUAAUAAAAAUACAAGGUAAAAGCAUUGAUUAUAAUUUAUAGAUAAGAAACAGAAGCUUAAAUUAUUAGAAAUUUAAUAUCCUAAAAAGCUAAAGCUGUUUAUAUGUUAGAUAUAAAAUGGGCAGCCAAUUAUACUGCAUUUUUAUAAAAUUAACAUCUGAUCAUUCCAUCUGAAAUAUCUAAUAAUAAUCUAUUUGUUGAUAGUGACAUUCGAAAUCCAUAUAGAUAAAACCUAAAAUAAGAUUUGGAUUUUGUUUUAAUGAAUCGCAACACUUGGCAAUUUUUGAUAGCAAUUUAUGGAGGAGGACCAGAAAUCAUAUUUAACGAUUAUUUAGGAAUCAAUAAUGAAUCUUAAGUAAACUCAAGGGAAGGAUCAUUAUAAAAUAUAGAUAUUAGUACUUAUAAUAGUUAAACAUUUUAAAAAUAAAAAUUUAUAUUACCAGCAAUAGGUUUAUAUAAUGAGAAUAAUUUCUGCUUUUUGCAUGCAGCAAUACAGAGCUUGUUGUCUAUAGAAUAAUUAACUUGUUGGGUAUCAAUUGAAGGGAAAACAAAAAAGUAAGAAGAUUAUAAAUGGAUUUUAUCUUAUUACUAAAUUAUAGAUCAAAUUUAAAAUUGUAAAAAGGGAUAAUAUGUUAAAAUUGAUACUUUGAAGUAAUUAAUUAAAAAUCAAUUUGCUCCUAAUUUAUAACAUGAUUGUUAAGAAUUUUUAUGUUAUUUAACAGAUCAAUUAAACAAAGAGUUAAAGUAGAAUAAAUAUGAUUAAGCAAUAACUGAAAUCUUAUUUUAAGGUUAAAUGAUGCAAUAAAUUUAGUGUAAUUAAUGUAAAUAAACUUCUUCAAAAUUUGAGUCAUUUUUUGAAUUAUCUUUAUCUAUGAAUAAUAUGAAAGGUUUAAAAUAAUGUUUAAUCUAAUUUUUUGAAUAAGAAGUAUUAGAUGAUGAUUAUAUGUGUAAUUAAUGUAGUAGAACAACAAAAGCAAUAAAAAAAUAUAUGAUUGGAACACCUCCUUAAUUUCUAAUUAUUCAUUUAAAACGAUUUUAGGAAAAGAAAUUACAUAAUUAUAUAGAAUUUUAAAAUAAUUUAGAUAUAAGUGAAUUUUGUUCUGUAAAAGCACAAUAUAAAUUAAAAUCUGUAAUUGUACAUUAUGGAACUUAAGAAAAAGGACAUUAUGUAAAUUUCUCCUUAAGAGGAAAUUAAGUAAAAUUUAAGAUUAAUUAAAGUGGUAUUAUUUUGAUGACCAUCGAGUUUAAUUUGCUAGAGAGUAAGAUGUCCUAAGAUAAUAAGCUUACAUUCUAUUUUUUGAAAGAUCAGAUGAUUAGUUACUAUGA